UAAAUAUAUAAUUGUUAAAAAAUUAUCAAAAUAAAAUUAAAAAAAGAGUUGUGAAGGAAAAAAUAAAAAAACAAUGGAAAAUUCAAUUGUCGAUAAUCGUGAUAAUUAUAAUGUUAUUUUGGAAAAACAAAAUGUCAUUGAUAGAGAACCAUUUCGUUUAUUAAAAAUUGAUGAUGCAAGUGGACUUGAUAGCGUUGAAGGACGUGUUGUUUGUAAUAAAUGUCACAGAUCACGUAAAUUUUUCUGUUACACAUGUUGUACACCUCUUAUUGAUGAGAAAUAUAUUCCUCAUGUCAAGCUUCCAAUAAAGAUUGACAUAAUAAAACAUGCUAAGGAAAUUGAUGGUAAAAGUACAGCAAUACAUGCUGCAAUUUUAGCACCAGAUGAUGUUACAAUUUAUACAUAUCCAGAAUUUCCAGUAUUUUCACAAGAUGAAAAGGUUGUAUUAAUAUUUCCUGGUAAAAAUUCAAUAAGUAUUGAAGAAUUAUUUUCGAUAAAUAAUGAAAAUAAUAAAACAAAUAAUGAUAGUAAAAAUGAAUUAUUAAUAAAUGGAUAUCCAAUAACAAGAGCUGUAUUUAUUGACAGUACAUGGCAUCAAACAAAAUCAAUAUAUAAAGAUGAACGAUUACGUAGUUUACCAUGUGUUGUAUUUAAAUCAAGAAUAUCACAAUUUUGGCGUCAUCAAAGAAAAAGUCCACGUUGGUAUUUAGCAACAAUUGAAGCUAUUCAUCAAUUUUUAAUUCAAUUACAUGACAGUGCUUAUGGUACCAUUGAUAAUUAUGCAUUCAAUGAUAUAUCAACUCCAACUGAUAAAUAUCAUGGACAAUAUGAUAAUUUAUUGUAUUUUUUUAAAUAUAUGUAUGAAAAAAUUCAUACAAUGUAUGAUCAUGAUGAACUUAGAGCCUACAAAAGACCACUUAUUUAAUAAAUAAAUAGCUCAAUA